AUGGAUUCGCAGAACCCACCCACUUCGUCCCACGGCCAGCAAGGGCAACGCGCACAGCCGGUGUAUGAUACCAAUCAUGGCGGUCACUAUGGUGCCAGCGCCGCGCUUGCGGCUCACGGCUAUGCGCCCGUUGCAGAAUUCUAUACUGGCGCGUGGGCAAAUGUUAACCAAGGACUCCACGGCACCUACAAAGAUAUCCUCACCACCUACUGGCAGCACAUAAUCAACCACCUCGAAACCGAGACACAUGAUUACAAGCUGCAUCAACUGCCGCUGGCGCGAAUCAAGAAAGUCAUGAAGGCCGAUCCGGACGUGAAGAUGAUUUCCGCAGAAGCGCCUAUCUUAUUUGCAAAAGGCUGUGAUAUCUUCAUUACGGAACUCACCAUGCGCGCCUGGAUACAUGCGGAGGAGAAUAAGCGCCGGACGCUUCAGAGAUCAGAUAUCGCAUCUGCGCUGGCCAAAUCAGACAUGUUUGAUUUCCUAAUCGACAUUGUUCCCCGCGAGGAGGCUGCGUCACACGCAAAGAGAGCAACGGGACAAGGCGCUGCCCCACCCCAGGGUGUCCCUGGCCCUGCUCCUGGCGCUGCCCAGCUUCCUCCUCAGCAUGCGAAUAUCCCGCAACAACCGGGCCACCCAGCUCAGCAGCACAUGCCCCCACAGCCAAACUAUGGUCUGAACCCGGCGCAUGGCCUUGCUCCUGAACAGGAAUACCCUCAGCAGCCAAACAUGUAUGGGGCCCAAGUCCAACCCGGUCCCGCUGCUCCAUAUGGCGCUCCGGGCCAGCAGAUGUACAACGAGAUGGAGGGGAUCUAUGGAUAUCCUCCAAUGCAAGCGCAACAGCAAAUGUACCACGUGCAGCAACAGCGCCCACAAGAUCCCUCGGUCGGCCAUGACGCAGGACAUAGCUAUCCGCGCAACGACGGAGGGGAGGGCGAUGUUGAUGCUGAGGGCGAGCGGGACUAUGAGGUCGGCUAA